GAAAAUCCACUCGUGGCCGUUGAUAAUCCUAUCUAAUCCGUAGCCAAGAAAAGUUCCGUCCCAUCCCCAUCAAAACCAUCUCAGCAAAAAGAUCAACGCAACUACUUCCUCCGCCUCAUAAUUCUUGUCUCAAAUUUGCCCAAAACUAGAUGUAUCUAUUCCUAAAAUUCGUCAAGAUACAUGUAAUAUUUCAACAAGAAUUAUGAAACGGAUGGAGUAAUAAUUAACCUCUUCUUGAGUCAACAAGUGCUAACACAAGAAGCAAAGCACAGCAUAUACAGAAGGAGAUGAUGAUGAUACCCAAUUAUCUGCCGCUGCUUGCUUUUAACUGCAGCUUGGCCGGCCGUGCAACAGCGAACACACGUAACGACCCACAAGGUCCCAUGAUUGCUACAGGCCGGCUAAGCAAGACACAGCAUUAUCAAAUGCUCUGGUCCGGCUUUUCGCUUGCCACUUUUUCUGCAGUGGUGGGGAAAAAGCCUGCAGCCACGCAACAAUUGUUGAAGGUCCAUCCAUCUUGCUUGUGCUUGUGCAUGGCAUGGCAUGUGCUCCCAGCCCCAUAGCUGAUGAGCUGCCUGAUCCCAUACUUGAAAGAAAGAAAGGAAGGAGAUCGAUGAUGCACAGCUCAGGGCAGCGAGGCUGGCCACAGGAACAGGAUCCCUUCCUUCACAUGUACGUUCUGACGGAGGGAGCUAGGGGUUCUUUCUCAUGGUAAUAUUGCUUCCCUCGCACUCCUCUCUUCUCCUCUCUCGGUGGCUCCGGUCUCAUCUCCAUCGUCUUCUCGAUCCCCGGCUUGGAGCUGGCCGUGCAUUACUCUUCUUCAAGCUCCUUCCUUCCCUGGCUGAUUAUCACUAGGGUGCAGAAUAGCAAAAAAUUAACCAUCCAAAAAUGGGCAAGAGAAGUAAAAGACGGGCUACACGAAUCGGCCAAGACAACGAUAUAGGCUGCACUUGGGGCCUCAUCCGCAUGUUCUAUACCCGCCGUGACCCCAAGCUCAUCCUGGACAGGAAGCAAGGGAGUAGAAGGAACCCAUUCACUGGUUUUGCUGGAAGAGGGCACUCAAGAAACAAGUCUGGGGACUUUGAUGAAAUAGAUGAAACCGGGGGUUCCUAUAUUUGUCAGAACAUGGAGGAAUGCAGUUCAAGGAAGCCAGCCGUCAAAAGACCUAUGGAGGGCGAAUUGGGCAAGCUAAAACAGUCGAAGAAGAUUCCAAAUGAUGAGGUUCAGAGAAUAUUGGCUGACCUGGGACAUGAUGUAUGUCUAGACAGAAGUUCAAGGCAGAACAGCAAACUAAAGGGAAUCACAAAUCACAACGCAAACAUCAACAUUGCUUCUUCCUCAGGAUCCAUGGAUUCCAGUGGUACUAAGUGCAUGAAACAGGCAGAAGAAGAUGACCUUGAGCUUGCUUUAUCAGAUUUCUUUGGCCAAAUCUCUAGGUGCCAUGAUGAAGGGCCAGAUGAUGAUUGCAAGAAUAAGAGUGAAUUAUGUCCUGAAAUGAAGUCCCUUAUCCAUACGAAGCUUAAUGAGUUCAACAAUCCUGUGUGUGAUCUUGCUUACGAGAAAGUUCUGGUGAGUGAGGAAAAGGAGGUUGUUGACAACAAACAUCUUCGCAGCAGGCAUGUAGGGGCCAGGUUAGAGCCCAAGAAAAUGCUUGAAGAAACUAACAUUGUUGAAGAUACCAAGACUUCAAAUCACUGCGAGUUGGUUACCAAAACACAGAGUAAAGAGAGCAGCAAUAUCUUUUUCUGGAAGAAAGAUAAAUCAAGCAGAAAGCAUACACCAGAAAAAAGUUGUCAGCCAGUUAACAAAAUAGUUAUACUGAAGCCAAAUCCAAGAAGAGGGUUUGAUCCUACUGUAGCAACUACAUCGACAUACUUGCAUCAGCAAUCAUGUUCGAUUCAAGCUCCAGAAUACAGUGCAACUGAAUGUUCAAAAUUUUCGAUUAAGGAAGUCAGGAGAAGAUUUAGAAUCGUGGCUGGAGAAACUAGAAAAGGAGGACCCACAGUGAAUGAAGAUGACCUUCAAAGGGGUCCAUCUUGGCUCAGAGAUCCAGUUUUUACAAUUAAAAAGGAUUCUAGACAGGUCCCUCCAGACACCUCGGCAAAUGGAGGUGGUAUAAAUGAUGUUAAACCUUCGAACAGCAGAAAGAAAAAACAAAUAAAUGAUGGGCUAGGAAGGACAAACAGCAUCAUAACUGCAUCCAAGGAUGCAUCCAGCUUCUAUAAAGAAGCGAAAAAACAUUUAUCAGAAAUCCUGAAGGACAGAAGUCAAACUACCAGGUAUCCAAGUCCGAUAACAAGGUCCUUGGUAGGGAUGCUUUCCCUUCCUCAACGCAGUACGUCAUCAUCACCUGGUGGUAGCCCUAGAAUAAAAGAAUGCAUUGAACUUUCACCUGAAGACAAAAAUAUUUGUGCCAUACACAAGGCUGAGAGGGAAGAAUCUGAAAAUGAAAGAAAGAAAUCAGAGAAAGAUUCAGUGAGUGUUGAAUGCGGUACUAGUGAAGAACUGGGUGAACAAGCUGAUCAGCGAAGGCAUUCAAAGGAAGAAGCCACACAACAUGGUAUCGAACUAGAUAUCGUGCGCAUCGAAGAAAUUGACAAGCCGGAUCACUCUGAAACAAUUAGCGAUGUAAAUUGCACCCCAGAACAGCAACAUAGAUAUAACUCACCAUUAGAAAUGAUGGAAGGAGCAGAAUCGGCUAAAGAGCAUCCCGAAAUGUUUCUGCGCUCCCAUGAGAAUGUCACUGAGAAGCUACAGCAGGAAGAGCCAAAAACUCCCAGCCGAAGCGAGUCAUUUGAACUGAUACCGCAAGUUCCUUCCGAGGAUUACCAUGAAAAGGAAGAGCAACCCAGUCCUGUAUCUGUUCUUGAUCCAUUCUUCCAUGAAGAUGUCGACAGUCCUGAAAAAAAUAGGAUGAUAAAAUGUGAGUUGCAUCAAGAUGGCUUGAGGACCCAGUAUUACCCAGAUGUUGGAUCAGACCAAGGAAUCUUCUGGGGGGACAAGGAUGUCAGACUUGGUUACAUAAAAGCAGUGUUGGAGCUAUCAGAACUGUGCACAUACCAAAAUUUAGAGGUAUGGUAUCUAGAAGAAGAAUUGGUCAGCGCUUGCUUGUUUGAAGAACUACAUCAAGGCAAUCAGACAGAUGAUCUAAAGCUUUUCUUUGACUGCAUCUGUGAGACUAUAACAGUAAUCCAGAGGACAUAUUUUAGAAACCCCCCUUGCAUAACUUUUCCCAGACACAACAUCCAGGCACCUCCAAUGGGACAGAACCUCGUGUCAGAAAUAAAUAAGCAUAUUGAGGGACUUCUCAACUAUCAAUUUCCAAGCACAUUAAACCAGCUAGUUAGCAUGGAUUUGGAAGAUGGCACUUGGAUGAAUCUCCGAUCAGAAAUUGAAGAGAUUGUUAUGGAUAUAUGGGAAUACUUACUAGAUGAACUAACAGAAGAAACCAACUUUCAGUUAAGUUCAGAGCAUAGUUUCAGCAAAUUCACACACAGGAUAUGACAAUCAAACCAUGCCCUUUUUUCAAUUAAGUUUGGAGCAUAGUGUGUGCAUAUAUUUGUAACAUGUAUUGGUUCAGAUAAUGUAUGAAGUGUAGGCAUCAGCCCUUCUAAUGUUUGGUUUCUUCAGGAAGAGAAAUUACUACAGAAUCAAUGGAUCCUACAAAGGGAUGAUAAACUAUCAA